AUGGCUGAAACAAUUAUUUCCGGUGUCUUGGGGCAGCUGAAUUCAAUCAUUGGUCAACAAAUACUACAGGAGGUGAAGCUAGUUGUUGGUGUCGACAAAGAAGUCAAAAAGCUUACGAGCAAUCUUGAAGCUAUUGAAGCAGUGGUCUUUGAUGUAGAGGAAAGACAAGUGAAGGAGAAAACUGUAAGACUUUGGUUAGAUUGGCUCAAACACACAUCCUACGACAUUGAUGAUGUGUUGGAUGAGUGGAACUACGCCAUGUUGAAACAGCAAAUUGAGGGAGCUGCUUCUGUUCCUAAGAAGAAGGUUUGUUUCUUCUUUCCCUCCUCUUGCUUUUCAUUCAAACAAAUGAGCUUACUUCAUGACAUUGAAAUAAAAAUAAAGGAAGUCAAUGAACAUUUAGAUGACAUUGAGAAACAAAAAGAUAUGUAUAACUUUAAGGUGAGUAGAGGUGUUGGGAAGUCCGACCGAGUACAAAGUACCUCGUUUAUUGAUGUGUCCAAUAUAUAUGGUCGAGUUGAGGAUAAGAAUACUUUAGUAUAUAUGUUGUGUGAGAGUAGUGAGCACCACCCCCAUAUCAUCUCUAUUAUAGGGAUGGGGGGAAUCGUCAAGAUAACUCUUGCUCAAUUUGCUUCUAAAGACAAUAAGGUGAUAAACAACUUUGAUCAAGUAAUGUGGGUGUGUGUGUCAGAACCUUUUGAUGAAUAUAGGAUAGCCAAAGCAAUCAUUGAGGCUCUAGAAGAUGACUACAAAAAAUGGGAGCCAUUAUAUUAUUGCUUGAAGAAUGGUCUCUAUGGUAGUAAAAUUUUAAUUAAUACACGUAAGGAAUCAAUGGCACGUAUGAUGGAAUCGAUUGACAUUAUUGCUGUCAAAGAAUUGCCUGGUGAAGAAUGGAUUCCAUUUCCUGAUUCAAUUUGUAGUCUCAAAAGGUUGCGUAGUUUCUUACGUGAUCUUGAAGAUUUCAAGCAUUCAUUGCCUUGUAAUAUCAUACCAAAAUUAUUUGAUGAAUUGACAUGUUUAAAGGCAUUACGUAUUGGUGGAAGAGUGAGGCAAUUUGGAAAUAAUAUUGACAACAUUCCGAAGGAGAUAGGAAAAUUGAUACAUUUGAGAUAUCUUGAUUUGAAAGAAUUAGAAAUGAGAAAACUUCCUGAAGAAUUAUGUGGAUUAUAUAAUUUGCAAACUUUAGACAUUAGUUUUUGUCAAAAACUUGAAGAAUUAUCUCAAGGGUUUGGAAAAUUAAUAAAUCUAAGGCAUCUAGAAAAUGAUGAGGUCUGGUCAUUAAGAUACAUCCCAAUGGGAAUUCAAAAAUUGAUUAAUCUCCAAACCUUAAAGUUGUUCGUUGUGAGUGGAGUUGAUAGUAAUGAUGACAAAGCAUGUAGCCUUGAAGAUUUGAAAAACAUCAACCUAUAUGGAGAUGAUUUGUGCAUACACAAGUUGGGAAAUGUAUCAAAUGUGGAUGAGGCUAGAAGAUUAGAGCUCAAGAAUCGGAAAAACCUCCUUCAUUUGUCUUUGGAUUUCAGAAAAGAUGGAGGAGAGAGAAUAAAUGAGGAUGAGGAGGCACUUCUUGAAAUCUUACAACCACCUUUAAAUUUGGAGAAGUUAUUGCUAGCUGAUUAUAGAGGCAACUUUAUUUUGCCCAACUAG